CCAUGUUCCAGAUUAAUUAAUAAAAACACUACAAUAUCAAAUAAAAUAAAAUCAAUAAAAUACAGAUAAUCUUUUAAUCCAUCGAGCAAAGUUUAUGUUUUGUUAAUAGCCCGGACUCUGGUAACCAACCGUAAGUACCGCUACUGUCAUGUCAUUUUAAUUGUCAAGCUGUCAACUUGGACAGAAGAACGGGAACGAGGUUUGGCGUGGUACUGAACAUUCCGGUUGAAAUCUGGAUGCAAAUUCGACACAACAAAAAUUUGCAUUGUUUAUGCAUUAUUUUGCAUUUUCGCGAAUUUAGUAUACUUUGGAAAGUGGUAGUUGGUACCAUUGAAGAUGGGUGAGCCGGCUACACUUGAUCCGAAGCUGUAUAAUCGCCUGACGCGGUUCCUUCACACUGGCAAUGAGGUUCCUAAGUACUUCCCUGGAUGCUGGACAUCUCACAAGUAUUUUGAGGCUGACAAACUUGUUGUCUUGAAUGAAAUCUUUGCAACCAAUCCAGCGAAUGUUGAAGUUGUCAACAUCAUUUUGAAGGCAUGCAAGGAUGGUUGGUACACUCGGUUUGAGACAAUAGCAUUUGCUCUGGCCAAAUGUUUGAUGAUCGGCAACUCCACUGUUAAGGAAGCCACUUACAAGGCUGCGGCUGAAAUAUGUAUCACUCCGGAACAGAUGAUGCUCUUCAAUAAGUUUACAAGGAUUCUGAAGACUGGCAAUGGCAGAGGUUGGUGCAAGAAUGUCAAGGAGUGGUACACUACCAAGGAGCCAAUGGAAUUGGCGAAGGAGAUGACGCGAGUCCGCGCUCGCCAUGGACGCUCCCACAAAACCCUUCUUAGAAAGUCCCAUGUGAAAAUACCCGAAAACGAUUUUGCUCGGGAUGCCGUCGUCAAGUACGCGAUCUUCGGUCUGAAGCGUGCGAAGCAACUGCUUGGCGACAAGGAAGGGACCAAGGAGAUUUUAGAGUACAUUCAGAAGGUGGAGGACAUGCGACACUGCGAGGACCCCGUAGCCGCAGCUGCUAUAGCGACGCAGAACCAGUUCACCCUUGAUCACGUCCCUGGACACUUGCUGACGUCACAGGAUGUUUGGAACGCAGUACUGCCUCAGUUUACCUUAGAGGAUGUACUGUAUCACCUCCAACGUAUCCACAACAUGGGAUUCCUGACUAGCGACUCCACAACAACUGCGAUCCUCGUGUCGUUGCUUAGCAACCAAGACCUCAUCAAGCAAUCUAAGCUCACACCGCUUGCCGUGUACAUUACUCUGUGCAACUAUAAAAAGAAGUCCAAGCCAAUGAAAUACGAGAAAGCUAAAGUGGCAGCUGAGAAAGAGACACGCCGCCGCACACGCCAGAUGUUCGACAGCAAGACCGGCCUGUGGGAGUGGACCACCACCCGGCGACACCCUAAGGAAAUCAAGCACUGGGGUAUCGACCAGCCCCCGAACCCGGCCGUGAUGACCGCUCUGAGCAAGCUCAUCGACCUCACGUGGGUGCUCACACCGCCCACUAACGCGCGCUACAUGAUCACCAUGGACAUGAGACACCAUAUGUUCAAGGGUCGUCAUUUCUGCAAGAGUUUUGUAGUGCCGAAGAAGGGCAAGAAGACAGCCACAAAGACCACUCCUGGCGGAGGCGGUGACGCUGACAUUGAGAAGAAGAGCAAGAAGCACCUGCUAGCCGAGUGCUUCUACAACAGGAACAUCACCCCGGGCCAUGCAGCUAUAAUCUUGGCCUUGCAAAUCUUGAAGCGAGAGAGCCAUGUCAAGUUGGCUGUGUUUACCGAGGAUGGUGUGCAGGUCCUGACCAUCGAACGCAACUUUAGCAACAUUGAAGAGGCUGAAUUCCUGUUUAGGAAAGCUAACUUAGGCCGCGUGCAGCUAGACGCACCUAUCGAAUGGGCAACGAAAACGAAUCAGAAGUUCGACGUGUUCAUCAACAUGGUGGACCGUACUACGCGCUACAUGGAGUUGGAGCAGAGCAGCCGCGGCGGGCGCGGGCCGGGAGGUCGCUACGGGCCGCCGCCGCCGCCCGCCAAGGAGGUGCCAGACCACUGCCCCGUGCGAGCUCUGCAGCGCUAUAGGGAGGCUUCUGGGAUCACUGAGGCUAGGCUGAUCGUCAUGAACCUGGCGUCUCACCGCGUGUGUACCACUGACGGCAGCCACGCGGGCGUGCUGGACAUCAUCGGCGUCGACGAGCACGUGCCCAAGCUCAUGGACGCCUUCGUCCUCGGCCAGUUCAAGUGAAUUCGCCACACAAUCUCCCACAACAAUUGCUUCGCAAAAAAAUACCUGUCAAUUCUGUCGACCAUUAGGUCAAAUCUCGAAAAAUAGCAUGACCAAAUUUACCUCAAGAAUUUAAAAAUUGUGUUUAAUAUUACCACAAUGUGUUCCGAAUCGAAAUCGAAGUGUUUGAACACGGAACUGAUAUUUCUAAUCAAGCUGAAUGUAAUUCUUAUUACAUAUUUCUGAUUACCUAGAGAUCUUAUUACCCAUGUUUUUUAGUGUUAACUUGUUUGUAAUCGCUAACGAGGUAGUUACGGGACACGUCACUAUAUCAAGACUGUCCCUAUUAACCCUGAUUUUGGAUCUCUGCUUAUAAUUAAUUUGUAGGAGCACCUUUAAUUUUAAGCUAUAAACAUGUAAUGUACUCUGUAGUACAUAGGUUACAUCUAAAUUAAACUCUUCCAGUAUAAGUAGCCUAGUACUAAAAUACUUACGGAAUUAACUUCGAAAUAACUUUGGUUAUGAGUUUUUUUGCUUUUUGUUUUAGUUGUUAAGUUCACAUUGACGUUUGACGAUGUCGCUUCUCAAUAUAGACAAGAUUAGGUUAUGCACCAUUGAUUAAUGACUCCUAAUUUGACUCAUUUGAUCAUAUAUUUGUUACCUAGUUUUGCUAACAGGCUUUUUUACGACACAUCCGUUUGCAUAAUACAUAUUUUUGCUAAAUCAACAUGAACUCUUUGUUUGGUAGUGGAACAAAUACUUUGCCGAGCUUCUUUAACAUUAGUAUUUAUAAUUCUCGUUAUUUAAGUAUGAAGUGUGUAACUUUAGGUAUUGAUAAGCUUAAUACGUAUAGCCUAUACAUUUGUAACAGGGUCUUUUUGGUUAAUCAAAAAUUGGCACCUGCCACUCUCUAUUUGCAGUUAUGUGUUCAACGAUACAAUAACUAGGCAUGGGGGUUGAAUGGUGACAAUAGGGAGAAACUGCUUUUAUUUAAAACCUAUAAAAGAGUGUAUUUCACACCAACUGUCAGUAUUUUCACCUCCAAUAUGUUUGAACGCCAGUACUUUUGUGUUAGUUGUUGAGUUUCAAAUUUUUAUUUAUUUACUGUUUGACUAUACAUGAUAGUCAAUAGCGAGGUUGUGCGUUUUAAACGUCUUUGUAUUUGCCAAAGUAAUUAUGCAUUUGUAAUUUUAUUCAAACGGUACUGGCUUGCAAACGUAAAUUAGUAGACCUAAUUAUGAUAGCAUAUCUUCGUAAUAUAGAAAAUUGUGAAAACAGGUACAUGCUCAUGGUGUGUAUAACAUAUUAAGGGAAUGUAUGUUAUUUUUAAGGUAGUAGUGACUGGCAUGUAAUGAUUUGGUCACCUUGCACUUGAAGUGGAUGUAACAGAUGGGCAUGCAUCAGCUUUCAUGUCGUAGCUAAUAGGUAAAUCCGUUUCAGAAAGUUGGUUACUUUUGUACUGAUAGAUGAGCGGAAUUUUCAAAAUCUGUGAUCACUUGGUACUCUCUCGGGAUUAAGUAAUUUUUAUAUCUGUAAAAGUUGAUAAAAAAAAUUCAAAACAUAGGUGAAGGAACUUGAAAUUGCUAGACAUGCUUUUUUAUUGUACGUAUCUUGUUUUGUUGUUUUUGAUUAGGUUACUUUUAGUAUUAUGGUGGUCACCACAAGAUUUGUUUACUUUAUGCUUUAUUUCGAUUAUGGUUUAUUUCAAACCUAUUUUAUGAAUACCAUAAAGUUUAAUAAUCUGGACCAUCACCGGUACUUAUUUAUUGUUUUGUAAUUUGACGCGUCUAUUUCCAAUGUAUGAUUCGUAUCUCAAAAAAUAGCAUUCUGUGAUUUAUGAUGCCUUGGUAGCUCCGAACUCGGGCGGUUAUACUACUAAUCGGACUGGUUUUCUUUGAAAUAAAAAUUGUUGUGAAAUUAAAGAAAACAGCCGAUUUUAGGUUUAAUGAAUAGUGUAAUAGUAUUAUAAAAAAUACAAAAACUCAUGUUUCUGUUGUUAUCCAAAACAGUACUCUUUUUUAUUUAUGUUAUUUUUUUUAAAGUCAAAUAAAAAUUAUGUUUUUGCUAGUGCAUUUUUUCAUGGAAAUUAAAAACUAUCCGUCCCAGCUACAUAUUUUGCUACAAAUCAUCUGUUGUAUUUCAAUACCUAAUGUGCUUUUAGCAUUAAGUUCAAGUAGUACAUAAUGAUCAUUUAUUUAACCUCUCCACAGCAGCAUAUCAGAUAGCACCAUAAAGCUAAUGAAUAACGAAAUGUCAUAACAUUAAAAAAUGUACAUGCAUGUUUGUUUAUCAUUAAAUAAAUUCUUAAGUGUAAA